AUGGAUUCAAAUAACAGUCUCACUUCAUUCUGGACCAAUGAGAGCACACUUUACACCCAAGUUGAUAACUUCCCUAAUGCCAACAGGCAGUUACUAAGUACUGAAGGAAGAAAUCUUUUCAUUUUAGUCAAUCACGUCAUCCUGUGUUCUUUCAUCAGCAUGUUUGGUGUGGGCGCCAAUAGUGUUAACAUUUUGGUCUUUCUGAAGCAAGGUCUUAAAAAAUCCUUAAAUCUAUGUUUCUUCUUGCUAGCUGUAACAGAUUUAAUGGGACUUUUAACACAGCUGUGGCAUAAUUUCUGUUUAAAUCCGUACGUCAGCUAUAUCAAUGCGCCUUUAGUCUUUGGGCAGAUCCAGAUUUUGACCGCCGGCAAACCUAAUGCUUGUCUAGUGCGCAUAACUGGUUGGAUUACAGUGUACAUCACAGCCGAGAGGUGUCUUUCUAUCGCCAUGCCGCUCAAGAUCAAACAGAUUGUUACUUUUGAAAGAAAGGCUCUAAUACUUCUGUUUAUUUACCUGGUGAACGUGGCUUCCCUGGUCCCUUUAUAUUUCUCAGCUUAUUUCAGCUGGAACUUUAUACCAGCAAAGAACACAACAUUUCUGGGCGUCUCGUACCGAAGUAACAAACUUGUCAUCCAAGACUUGCUGUAUAUCUUCCAGGCGUCCUUAGCUUUAGCAGCUUUUGCUUGCACCGUCAUGUUUACUUCUAUUCUAAUCGUUUCUUUCAAGAAAAAUGCAGAAUGGCGUCAGAAGUCGACAUUUGACUCCGAUCAGACAAAAACGAAGUCCAAAAGAGAGAACCGAACUGUCCGGAUGGUCAUAGUGGUCGCCUGUGUUCUGAUCGUCUGCUAUACACCAGCUUGUGUGAGCUCCAUUGUCUCUGCCGUCAUUCAAGACUAUUCCAUCACCGGAAGACAAUCGAACAUCUUUGAAGCAGUUUGGUCUUUCGGGUUUCUAUUGCAUUCCGUAAAUUCCUCAAUCAACAUGCUGUUAUAUUACAGAAUGAGCGGCAAAUAUAAAUCCACUGUUCAAGAAAUGUUUCCUUCCUGUUUUAAGCUGAAUGUUUCAGUACAAAGUAAAGGAUAA